UUACAAUCGCUUAACAACAUGUAAAAGGAAAACAGAGGUUGUAAAAAAAGAUAUUAAAUCAUGGUUAUUGUGUAAGUUUGUUUUCAUCGUCUGCAUUUAGUCGCUUACAACAGCAAACUUCACGGCAGGCGGGAUGGGGAAGACGUGCGGCAUCAUCAUCGUCGGCGAUGAGAUCCUGAAGGGGCAGACGGCAGACACCAAUUCGUUUUUCCUGUGCCGCCGUCUCUUUGCGUUGGGCGUCAAGGUGUCUCGCAUAACCGUGAUUCCGGAUUUGAUGGAGGAUAUUGCGGAGGAGGUGUCCAAAUUCUCCAAGAAAUUCGACAUCGUUAUCACCUCCGGCGGCGUCGGCCCGACUCACGACGACGUAACUUACGACGGCGUUGCACAGGCCUUCGGGCAAGGGCUGACGUACAACGAGGAGAUCGCAGAGGUCAUACGCCAGUACCUGCCUGAGGGAGAGGCUGCGAAACCAUCCCAUCCGGCCUUCAAGAUGGCGAGCAUUCCUGAAGGCGCGGUGCUGCACUACCUCCGUGACGAGAGCGGCGUCCUCGUGUGCAAAUUCCCUCUGGUGUCGCUAAUGAACGUGUACAUGUUCCCCGGCAUCCCCGCCUACCUGGAGCGCGACUUCCACUACCUGGAGAAGCUCUUUUACAGCCCCGAUACCAAGUUCCACGUCAGGGACAUCUUUCUGGCGGAGGACGAAAAUAAUCUGACGGGGAAGCUGAACGACCUGGUGAGCCACAGCCCGGCGGUGACGGUCGGGUCGUACCCCGAAGUGAACAACAGGUACUACCGCACGCGGGUCUCCCUGCAGAGCGAGUCGGAGUCCGAGCUGCUGGAGGCCGAGGAGUACCUGCGGUCUUCUUUCAGCGAGGAGGUCAUCGUUGACUUUGAUAUCAACAGCAUAAGCCAUGCAGGAAGAAGGAUUUAUGAUAUCAUUGCCCUGCGAGGGGAACCCCAUCUCACUGGACCCAUUGCUAGUGCUGUGAAAAUUCUCGAAGAAUGUCUGGAUCGGUAUUCCACUGAUGAGAUCUGCAUAAGCUUCAAUGGAGGCAAGGAUUGCACAGUUAUCUUGCAUCUGUUGCAUGGAGUACUGCUUCACAGAUACCCAGAAAACACCCCAUCUAUCCAGGCAGUCUAUAUCACCUGCAGCACACCUUUUGAUGAAGUGGAAGUCUUUAUUGAUCAGAUGGUCAAAAGGUAUAACUUAACACUAUGGAGGAUAGAAGGACCUAUCAAGAAAGGCCUGGAGGAACUGACCAAAAAAGAACCAAAAGUGAAAGCAGUUUUGAUGGGCACCAGGUGGACAGAUCCCUACUCCAAAACACUCCAGCCGUUCCAGAUGACUGACGAAGGCUGGCCUCAGUUCAUGCGCGUUUCUCCUAUUCUGGAUUGGAAUUACCAGACAGUAUGGACUUUUCUGAGAACACUGUCUGUCCAGUACUGCACCCUCUAUGAUCAUGGGUACACCUCACUUGGAGGGAUACACAACACGAUCAAGAACCCGCACCUGAAGUACAUUGGUGAAGAUAAGAAGGAACACCAUUAUCCUGCUUAUUUCCUGAAAGACAUGGCUCUAGAACGUGCUGGCAGGACUUAGUAAAAAGGUUCGCUAUUCAGGCAUCUAUAGAAACAAAUGGCCAAAAGCAAGGCCCUGGUUAUAGAAUUACAGGCUUCCUUAUUGUAAAUAAAACAAUGAAGGAAAGGACUAGAAAACAUACAAAUAUGAAAAGGUCUGCAUAUUUGCGUUUUCCAGUUCUUCCCUUUGUUGUUUUUUAUACAAUUUGUUCAACAUGAAUCCAGCACAGGCUUCCUUUGAUUAUUAUGAUAAUGGUUAUUAUAUAUGAUUAUAUAAUAACCAUCAUUAUUAUAUAAUAAUAAUGAUUAUUAUAUAUUUUUAAAAAUUUGCUUUGUAAACUUUCUGUUAACCCAUUCGCCGCGGUUGGCAAGAAUAGAUGCCAUACCCACUUUGAUACACGUUUAUUUAUUGUAUUUACACCUAGAUGGCUCUACAAGUUCUUAAUCACCAAAUAGCCAGUUAUCAAGAACUACCUAUUUCACUUGUUUAGCCUUUUCCUUCACUUUCGGAAAGGGUUUUUUGUAUCAUCUUAUUGUCAAAAAUAUUCUAAUGACAAUUCAAUCAUCAUAACAUCAGUAACAAUAAUAACAGCAUCGAAAGCAAUGAUAUUAAUUUUCCCGCCAAUUCAAUGAAUGGGAAAAUCAGGGUCGGUAACUAGGGCCUACUGAUAGACUCCUUGCCGGCUGAGUACAUGUGGAGCCAUCUGUAGGUAGCAAAAUUCACCAAAACCAACAGGGGACAGAACAUAAAUCCGUGGCGAAUGGGUUAAAGAAGAUAGGGCUUUUAUUUUGCAGAAUUGAAUGAUGAUACAGAAGUGUUAGUAAGCAUUGACUGACGUGGAAGAGUCAGCCAAGAAAAGAGAAAUUGAAAUUGAAAGCUAGCAAAAGAGAGGAAGACAUACAAAAAAUUUUAAGGAUGAAUAGAUACAAUGAAAAGUAAAAUAUUAAUAUAAAAAAGUAUGCUUGUUUGCACAGUGGUGUAGGUUGGGAUUAUUUAAACUGUAAAUAUUGUAAGUCCUUCAAAUUUGGUCUGUUUAUAUUAUUGUAAAUAAAGAAAAAUAAUAACUAUGUAGGCAUUUCUUUCAAAUGAUAUAUUUAUUUAUUUUCAUCUAACCUUAAAUGCAUAAACAUUUAUAAUUCUUAUAGCAAGAUUCUGUCUCUUAAUUAAAUAAUUUAGUAAUGACGUUACCAGUAAUUUACUGUACACAAAAAUUGCAAUAACUCAAAUUUCCUCUAGAUUUUCUUUGUUUUCAUUCCAUGUAAAGUUUGAUAUUUGGCUUCCUUUAUGUUAACUCAUUGCCGCCGGGGAUGGCAUGUACGUACAUGCCAUGCCCACUGUGAGUCGACUUGUUCGAUUGUUUUUACACAUAGAUGGCUAGACUUGUACUAAGUAUCCAAUGAGCCAAUUACGAGUACUGCCUGUGUCGCCCGUUCCCCUUUUCAUCGAUUUACAAAAAUAUUUAAUGUUAUCCUAAUUUGCUGUUAAAAAUAACACCAUCUAUAUUUAUGGCACUAGUAAAAAUACGUUUUUUCCCGCCAAUUCUAGGAAAGGUGAAAUCAGGACUAGCAGAGCCAUCUAUGGACAGAGAUAUUUCACAAAAAUAUAAAAAAUGAGUACUGCAUUUCCCCCAUUUUUUGUUCAUUUUCCCCGGCAGCAAUGGGUUAAAUGAAUCAUUAUCAGUACUUUGCAGAAACUACAAUCUUAUUGAAUCAUACGUUGCACAGAUAGAAUCUUUACAGAUUAUAAAGUAGUUUUAGAGUUGUGAUUAUUUAAGUAAUUAUAGAAUUUACUUUCAAUACAUUUCUCUCGGUUGCAUCUUUUGAUGUUAGUGCUAUAUAUUUUUGUGUUUGAGGAUUUUCUUUUCAUUUGGGCACAGGAGUCAGUUGUGUAGAUUAGUAAGGAACAAAAAUAUAUAUAUAUAUAAAUUAUAUAUAUUUUCUAUCCUAAGCAAUCAUUGCCACUUUCUCAUCAUAUUUGAAUGGUUGCUGUUCACUAAUUCUGAGAAAUGUAUUAAAUUCUAACUUCAUAAAUCAAUAGGAAGUAAAGAUUUUCUGUAUGUCCUUGUACCUGUUUUGUCAUAUUUCCAAUAGGAAUAAAUGUCUAAGUAUAUGACAUGAAAAUCAAACUAAUUUAAAAGCAAGUAUUCAAGUAGCUUUAACACAAAUUUAAUGCUUGUAGAUAUUCUUGACAUUAGAACUACAGUGAGACAUAAUAUUCAUUUCAUUAUCUGCUGUCUUGUGAAACUGUGGCUCCACUUGGUUGUUAAACAUCUUGUUGACUUAAUUAUGUGGUUGUCAGUUAAUUUAGAAUGAAUUGUUACUUCACACAUGGGAAGUAUGUGAAAAGUUCUCUAAUUACAAAUUUUGAUCAACUAUUACUUGGGAGUACUAUGUGAAUAUUUGCUUCUUUCUUAUGAGAUAUUCAGGGCGAUUAAACUUUAAGCAAAAUAGACAAUGGAGAAGAGAUUCAUAGACUAGCUGGGCAGCUCACUGAUAUUAUAUCAUUUAAUAAGCUGUGGUACCUUAUGAAGGGCCUAUCCAAAGGUAAUGCAUGUUUAUUGAAUUAGGGAGCUGCAGUCAUAGGAGAGUGGAGUAAGUGGAGUCCAAUAAAAUUGCAGGAAUUUA